AUGGGGGGGCUGGUGGCCUAUAGCGAUUCGGAGGAGGAGGAGGAGCGCUUGCACCUCUCGCUUACACGCCCCAUUCUCAUACGCAAGCACGAGCAAAAAUCGUUUGUCGACCAGGCAGCACAGUGCGUGCGAGAGAGCCAGGUCGAGCGCUUCUCGGUCGGCUUUGCGCGCUUUACGAGCUUCCCAAGCGACACUUCGGAUCGUGUGUUCUUGGCGCUCGAGACGAAUGCGGGAUGGCACGAGCUGCAGUCCCUCACAAAAGCACUGAGCCAGCGGCUCUAUGCCCUAUUCCGCGCACCUAUGUACUAUCAGCAGCCGCGCUUUCACGCAAGUGUGGCGUACUGUGAGCCGACUGAAGCGUGCCCCCGCGCCGCGCUCGAACGGAUCGGCGAGGAACUCGCCUCGGCGUUAAAUCGGUCGCUGGACACAUAG